ACGAAAAUAAUAUAAAAAAAUAAAAAAUUUGAGAAAGAAAUGUCAUAUAAGUUUCAUUUAUGGAAUUAGUUGUAUAUUCUAAAGUUUAAAAAAUAAAUAUUACGUCAGAGACUUAUCUUGCUGAUACAUCCUAUAUUAAUGAGGAGUGAGUGGAAGCGUCUAUAGUCCAAAAAUUCUCGGUAAAGCAACAUCGCAAUUUUUUUCUUUCAUAAUCUGUUUUUUUCUCAAUCACACGAUGGAAUCCUGGGCAAUGAUCUUGGCCUUCAUGGCAGUAGUACUCAGUAUUUAUUACUACAUCUUCAAGGACUUAAACUACAUCAAAAAAAUUGGCUUACCAUAUUUGGAAUCAUGGCCAUUAUUUGGAAACAUGGGACAAGUAAUUUUCCGUCAGAAAACGAUGAUUGAUAUAACUAUAAUUGCUUACAAUCUGCAUCCAAAAGCCAAAUACGUUGGUUUCUUCGAUAUGAGUAAUCCGGUUUUACUUAUUCGUGAUCCUGAAUUGAUCAAAAUGAUCGCAGUGAAGAGUUUCGAUAAUUUCAUGGAUCACAGAGGUUUCGUCGACGAUAUUCAGGAUCCUCUCUUCGGAAAGAAUUUAUUUUCCUUAAGAGGCGACCGAUGGAGAGAAACUAGAACAAUGUUGAGUCCGGCGUUUACUUUAAGCAAACUAAAAGGUAUGUUCAAAUUAAUUAACGAAUGCGGAGCAGAUUUUACAGAUUUUCUAUCAAAAAUGCCAAAGGAUAAAAAAACUAUAGAAAUGAAGGACGUCUUCACGAGAUAUACCAAUGACGUAAUAGCUACAUGUGCAUUUGGCAUCAAUAUGAAUUCGAUGAAAAACCCACAGAACGAAUUCUAUGUUCUCGCAAGAGACGCAACAAACUUUGAGGGUAUUAAAUCUCUAAAAUUCUUCCUUAUUCGAUCUUUUCCAAAUAUUGUAAAAUUAUUCAACAUCAAGCUUAUAUCCGAUAAAAUCGGUCAUUUCUUCGAGACCGUUGUCCAGGAGGUAAUCAACACUAGAGAUCAAAACAAUAUUGUACGAGCAGACAUGAUACAACUGAUGAUGGAAGCUAGAAACAAAAAAGCUGAAAUCGGACAAGAAUUAAGUAUGAUGGACAUAGUAGCUCAAGCGUUUAUCUUUUUCUUUGGUGGCUUCGACACCGUCUCCACGGCUAUGUGCUUUACUUGUCACGAAAUUGGUGUCAAUCCGGAUAUACAAAAGAGACUUCAGCAAGAGAUCGACGAAGUCAUCGAAAAGACCAAUGGAAACCUAAUUUAUGACGUUAUCAACAACAUGCAAUAUUUAGACGCCGUGAUAAGCGAGUCCCUACGAAGAUAUCCGAUUGCCAUCUUUCUUGACAGAGUGUGCAACGAGAAUUUCGAACUGCCACCAAGUUUACCUGGAAACAAACCCUUUCUCUUAAAAAAAGGCAUGAAUGUUUGGUUCCCAGUUUGUGCAUUCCAUCUGGAUUCGAAAUAUUUCGAAGAUCCGUAUAAAUUCGAUCCCGAAAGAUUCAUGAAACAUGGGAAAGAGAUCAACAAUUCCGGCGUCUACUUAUCUUUCGGUUUAGGACCUAGAAUGUGUAUUGCUAAUAGAUUCGCUUUAAUGAAGAUGAAAGUUUUAGUAUUUAAUUUAUUGGCAAGGUAUUAUCUUAAGCCUUCUACCAAAACUCAAAAUCCAUUCCGUUUUUCCAAGAGAGGAAUCAAUUUGACCGCCGGAAAAGGUUUUAAAAUUGGUUUACCGUAUAUACAAGCAUGGCCGAUAUUGGGCAGCAUGGGUUCAGCAUUUUUACGAAGAAAAACGGCAGCCGAUGUAACUAUUGACGCUUACAAUUUCUAUCCGGAAGCCAAAUAUAUCGGUUUCUUCGAUUUCAACAAUCCAGUAGUGAUCGUACGUGAUCCUGAAUUGAUAAAAAUGAUCGCUAUAAAGAAUUUUGAUUAUUUCACGGAUCAUCGAUCCUUCGUAGACGGCGAACAUGAUCCGCUCUUUGCGAAGGCAUUAUUUUCCUUGCGAGGUAACGAAUGGAGAGAAACUAGAACUAUGCUAAGUCCUGCAUUUACGUUAAGCAAGCUUAAAGGUAUGCUCAAAUUGAUGAACGAAUGCGGAGCGGAUUUUACGGAUUAUAUAUAUAAAAUGCCAAAAGAUAAAAGAACUAUAGAAAUGAAGGACGUAUUCGCGAGAUAUACCAAUGAUGUAAUAGCCACGUGCGCCUUUGGCAUCAGUAUUAAUUCUAUGAGAGAUCGUGACAAUGAUUUUUACGUUCUUGGUGGAAAGGCAACCAAAUUCGACAGUAUUAAAACACUUAAAUUCAUAAUCAUGCGAGGUUUUCCAACGAUUUCGAAAUUAUUAAAAAUUAGGCUAAUACCCGAUAAGAUUAGCAAUUUCUUCAAAAACGUCGUCAAGGAGGUAAUCAAUACUAGAGAUAAAAAUAAUAUUGUAAGAGCGGACAUGAUACAAUUAAUGAUGGAAGCUAGAAAUAAGAAAGCUGAAAUGGGACAAGAAUUAAUUUUGAUGGAUAUAGUAUCUCAGGCGUUCAGCUUCUUCUUCGGUGGCUUUGAUAGCGUCUCCACGGCCAUGUGUUUCACAUGUCACGAAAUUGGCGUCAAUUCGAAUAUACAAAAGAGAUUACAGAGAGAGAUCGAUGAAGUUAUUGAAAGGACUAAUGGUGAUUUAACAUAUGACGUAAUUAACAGCAUGCAAUAUCUAGACGCCGUGAUAAACGAAUCCCUAAGGAGAUAUCCAAUUGCUGUAAUCAUUGACAGAUUGAGUGUCGAUAAUUUCGAACUACCACCAAGUUUACCUGAAAGUAAACCCUUACUACUGAAAAAAGGCAUGAAUAUAUGGUUCCCAGUUUAUGGACUUCAUCAUGAUCCGAAAUAUUUCGAGGAUCCGUACAAAUUCGAUCCCGAAAGAUUCAUGGAACGCGGAAAGGAGAUUAUCAAUUCCGGUGUUUACUUGCCCUUCGGAUUGGGACCUAGAAUAUGCAUUGGUAAUAGAUUCGCUUUAUUGGAAAUGAAAGUCUUGAUAUUCCAUUUGUUGGCAAGAUGUAAUCUGGUGCCCUGUUCAAAAACUCAGAAUCCAUUACGUUUAUCCAAAAAAGGAAUUAGCAUGUCGGCAGAAAAUGGAUUUUGGAUGAAUUUUGAAAACAGAAACGACGUUCAUCCUGCCCUUAAGAAUUUUCUAUCCAAUAACGUUACUGAUAGUACUGAUGGUAGUACUGAAACCGAAGCGUUCACCAAUGGCGUUGCUAAUGAUUUUACUGGGUAUAUUAACGAGUGUUCACGAGAAGGAACGUCAGUCUGUUACUAUCUCUCACAAGUGAAACGUGUCCGAUACUUCCCCACUGAUUUAUUUUUUAACGACGGGUAUUCUAUUUUAAUCGAACUCACGAUGGAAGCCUGGGCGAUGAUCUUAGCCUUUGUGAUAGUAAUAUUAAGCAUUUAUUAUUACGUCUUCAAGGACUUGAGCUAUUUCAAAAAAAUUGGUUUACCAUAUAUAGAACCAUGGCCACUAUUGGGAAACAUGGGUUUAGCAUUUUUACGUAAAAAAACGAUGGCCGAUUUAACGAUAGAUAUGUACAAUAUAAAUCGGGAAGCAAAAUACGUUGGUUUCUUCGAUAUGGGCAAUCCAAUAAUUGUAAUACGUGACCCGGAAUUGAUCAAAAUGAUUGCAGUAAAGAAUUUUGAUAAUUUCCCGGAUCAUCGAUCUUUCGUCGAUGAGGUAUCGGAUCCACUUUUUGGAAAGAAUUUAUUUUCCUUGAAAGGUAACCGAUGGAGGGAGACCAGAACGAUGUUGAGUCCAGCUUUUACAUUGAGCAAGCUUAAAGGUAUGUUCAAGCUGAUGAACGAAUGCGGAGCAGAUUUUACGGAUUAUUUAUCCAAGAUGCCAAAAGAAGAGAAAAGGAUAGAAAUGAAGGAUGUAUUUACGAGAUAUACUAAUGAUGUAAUAGCCACGUGCGCCUUUGGCAUUAGUAUUAAUUCUAUGAAAGAUCGGAACAAUGACUUUUACGUUCUCGGUAGAAAGGCAACCAACUUCGAUGGUAUUAAAACAUUGAAAUUCUUCCUGAUACGUAGUUUUCCAACGAUCACGAAAUUAUUCAACAUCAAGCUCAUACCCGAUACUGUAGCUAAUUUCUUCAAGGAUGUUGUCGAGGAGGUUAUCAACACUCGAGAUCGUAAUAAGAUCGUAAGAUCGGACGUGAUACAAUUGAUGAUGGAAGCUAGAAACAAGAAAGUCGAAAUGGGACAAGAUCUACCACUUAUGGAUAUAGUAGCUCAGGCGUUCAUAUUCUUUUUUGGUGGUUUUGAUAGCGUCUCCACGGCCAUGUGCUUCACCUGUCAUGAAAUUUGUGUCAAUCCUGACAUACAGAAAAGGAUACAGGCAGAGAUCGACGAGGCCAUUGAAAAGACUGAUGGAAAUCUAACUUAUGAGGUUAUCAACAACAUGCAAUAUCUAGAUGCCGUGAUAAGCGAAUCCUUACGAAGAUAUCCGAUUGUUGUUUUCCUCGACAGAGUUUGCACCGAGAGUUACGAGUUACCACCAAGUUUACCGAAUAGCAAACCAUUCCUCUUGAAAAAAGGUACGAAUGUAUGGUUCCCAAUUUAUGGACUCCAUCACGAUUCGCAAUAUUUCGAGGAUCCAUAUAAAUUCGAUCCCGAAAGAUUCAUGGAACAUGGAAAGGAAAUUAACAAUUCCAAUGUCUACUUACCCUUCGGAUUGGGACCUAGAAUGUGCAUUGGUAAUAGAUUCGCUCUACUCGAGAUGAAAGUUUUGAUAUUCCAUUUGUUGGCAAGAUGUAAUCUAAAGCCUUUCUCGAAAACCCAAAAUCCAUUGCAAUUAUCAAGGAAAGGAAUCAGCAUGACCGCUGAAAAUGGUUUUUGGAUAGAAUUGGAGAGAAGAAAUGAUAUUCAUCCUCUCCUUGAAAAUUCUUUAUCUAAUAGUACUCCCGACAAUAAUACUACUACGAAUAAAACUGAGAUACACACUAACGGCGUUGCUAAUGGUCAUACGAUUAAAGCUUAAGGUGUGAACAAAUAAUAAUUAAAAUAAUUGUAUCAUUAUAUAUUCAUCUAAAUUUUAAUGUAUCCAUGUAUAUAUAUGUAUAUGUGUAUGUGUGUGUGUGUACAUAUUUAAAUGAGUUACGUUUAUGUACGUCCAAUUAAAUAUGUUUAAAAGUGAAUAUAAAAUGCAACUUUUAUUGAUUAGAUUAAUACUAUUGAUUAGACUUAAACGUAUAAUUCUCAGUUUUAAUUAUUAUAUAUUCAAAAGCUUUCAAAUACAUACAUACUUUACUUUCUUGUAAAUGAACCUUGUCUUAACUGUAUGAAUUAUAUUAACGAAUUAAAUAGAAAUAUUUCAAAUGUUUUCUUUCACUCUA